AUGGCAGCGGCCGCCAUGGCCCCGGAGGACGCGCGGGGCCCCCCGCGCUCUCCCCUCCCCCGCGGCGGAUCCGGGGGGGGUCCCGGGGCCCCUCCCCGAUUUGGGUCGGGGUCUGCCCGGAUUUGGGUCUGGGGUCCCGGGGUGCCGUACCACGAGCGGCAGCGCCGGCAGCUCUGCGCCCUGCACGCCCUCAACAACCUCCUGCAGCGGCCCUGGCUCAGCCAGGCCUCGGCCGACCGCAUCUGCCAGCGGGUGGUGGGAAGGCUACUUGAAUUUGGGGAGGGGUCUCAAGGGUGCGGGGAGGGGGUCUUGGUGUGGUUUCCAGAAUUUGGGGAGGGGUCUCAGGGGGGUUUGGGGCUGUGGGGAGGGGUCCUCAACAACCUCCUGCAGCGGCCCUGGCUCAGCCAGGCCUCGGCCGACCGCAUCUGCCAGCGCCCCCCCAGGUUGGCCCCAAAUUCGCGGCCCAACCCCCACCGGAGCCCCCUGGGCACGGGCAAUUACGACGUCAACGUGGUGAUGGCGGCGCUGGGCACGCUGGGGCUGGCGGCGGUCUGGUGGGACAAGCGGCGCCCCCUGGAGCGCCUGUCGCUGCCGCACGCUGGGCUGCUGCUCAACGUCCCCUCGCGGGUGACGCUGGGGACGCUGGCGCUGCCGCUGCGGCGCCCGCACUGGCUCUGCGUGCGGCACUUCGGGGGCACCUUCUACAACCUGGACUCCAAGCUGGCCGCGCCCGCCGCCAUCGGAGCGGAGCCGCAGCUCAGGGAGUGGCUGCGGGAGGCGCUGGCCCCGGGCUCCUCCGAGCUCUUCCUGGUGGUGGCGCGGGACGUGGAGGAGGCGGGGACCUGGCUGAGGCCCGAGUGACACCGGAGGGGACAGGUGGCACCCGUGGUGGCACCCGUGGUGGCACCCGUGGUGGCACCUGUGCAGUGCCAGCUGUGGUGGCGCCGCUGCAAAAAAUGCGGGGUUUGGGGUUUUUUUGGGUGGGAUUUGGGCGUUUUUCAAGAGGGCAGGUGGGGGUUGGUGGCACCUGGAGACAGCUGGGGACACCUGGGUGGCAUCUGGUGGCAUCUGGGGACAUCUGGGGACACCUCUGUGGCUUCAAAUCCCUCCCCAAAACGGAUUAAAAGCGAUCCUUGGCA